UCUACCUACUUCCUGGUCAUUCACGCAAAAAAAAUCAGUUGACUUCUUUUGAACUGUCACAAACCAAUGAAUCACCAAACUUUUGUAAACAUUAAUAGAUAAAUGAGUUUAGUAAUUACACCAAUUGACGAUACAUUUCAGCUCGAUGCUAUGCCUGUUGAUGUUUCAGAUACAGAGCCGAUAGUCCAGAACAACACGAUAAACGAAGAUGACAGGAUCCCAAACGUGACAACCACACCAGAACCGACCAUCCAGUCGGGGACAACAUCUGACAUAAGUAAAGGACGAGCUUUUGUCACAGUGGCAAUACUUCUCACCAUUAAUUUGUUGAAUUAUAUGGACAGAUAUACUGUUGCAGGUGUGCUUAACCAGAUACAGAACUACUACAACUUAGGCAGUGCAAGUGAUGGCCUGCUACAAACAGUAUUUAUUGGAACCUACAUGAUUUUCUCCCCUAUUUUUGGUUACCUUGGUGACAGAUAUACAAGAAAAUACAUCAUGGCAGGAGGCAUAUUUUUCUGGUCAUGUGUUACUUUAGCAGGAUCAUUUGUUGACAAGGAGCAUAAGUUAUGGUUCUUUGUUUUACGAGCUGCAGUUGGAGUUGGAGAAGCUAGCUACUCAACCAUUGCCCCUACAUUGAUAGCUGAUUUAUUUGUGGGAGAUCUUAGAACCAGAAUGUUAAUGAUAUUUUAUUUUGCCAUACCUGUUGGCAGUGGUAUGGGUUACAUUGUAGGAUCUAACAUUGCAGAGGCAUUUGGUCACUGGCAGUGGGCAUUAAGGUUUACACCUACAUUAGGUAUGGUAUGUGUGAUAUUAAUUGUGUUUGUCUUAAAAGAGCCUCAGAGAGGACAUUCUGAGGGAGGGAGAAAUCUACAUAAUACUACAUUCUUAAGUGAUCUCAUGUAUUUAUUUAAAAAUAAAAGUUUUAUGUUAUCCACAUUUGGAUUUACUUGUGUAGCUUUUGUAACAGGAGCUCUGGCUCUGUGGGCCCCACUGUACAUGCAGCGUUCUAUCAGUGUUCAGGGCGGAUAUCAAAAAGAAAGCAUAGUGAGUUUGACCUUUGGAGGGAUAACUAUAGCUGCAGGUUUCAUCGGUGUGUUUUUAGGCGCCGAAUCUUCACGGCGAUACAAACGACUGAAUCCCAGAGCUGAUCCAUUGAUAUGUGCCUUUGGGUUGUUAUCUUGUACUCCAUUCCUAUUCUUUGCAUUAGUAGUAUCAAAAUAUAAUACAACAGCUACAUGGAUACUUAUAUUCCUGGGAGAAGUAUGUUUAUGUUUAAACUGGUCAAUAGUAGCAGAUAUGUUAUUGUAUUGUGUCAUACCUACAAGACGUUCAGCAGCCGAAGCAGUACAGAUUUUAAUGUCCCAUGCUUUAGGUGAUGCUGGUAGUCCUUACCUUAUAGGCCUUAUAAGUGAUGCUUUAGCUAAGAAGUACAAAGACCCACCCAAGACACCAAGUGUACAGUUUGCUACCUUACAGAGUGCUCUGUAUAUGACGCCCUUUAUAUGUGUAGUAGGAGGAGGAUUCUUCUUAGCUACAGCUUUAUUUAUAGAAAAGGACAGAAAAGAAGCAGAGAAAAUUACUAAAGGAUAUAGCGAGAUCAACGUAGAUUCAGGGGAUGAUGCAGAUUUUGACGAUGUUAACCAGCUAUUAGAUGAUGACGAUGAUGGACUACUACCGUAUGCGUAAAGUGUGUUACAUGGUGGUAACUGAUGAAACAAAAGGAAUAGAAAAUCCUGUCUUGGAAGGAGAAGAUAUAACAGUUACAGUGGCAACUCCACAGAAAAGUCAGCCACUGUGACCUACUUAUCUGACACAAUAACUUCAGGGAUAUGUCUAUGAAAUGAAAACUCAUCAAAAUUUACAAUACUAAUGAUUUUGUUACAUUUUUUUAUUUGAUUGUUUUUUAUACUAGUCAACACUGUAAAUGUACUAAUGCACAGUUGUGAUCAAGAAACAUGUUGACUGGUGUAUGCUAUGUUUACUGGUGUUUUUGGUACACAUAAGAUCUUUCUUCUUACUGAAAAAAAGCACAAACACCAACACGAGUGAUACAUAACUUAAUUACCUUGGGUGUACUGUAUUAUACUGAUGAUGAAUUGAGGUUAAAUAUGCCUGGGUAUUAAUAAAAUAAAAAAUUGUUUAUAAAUGACAUUAAAGAUGUCACAUGAUCAAUUUUAUCUAUAUCAUUUUUUGUCAAUUUUAUGAUUAGAUACUGCAAUAAAAAGUUUUGAAAAAAGCUGUGUGUAGAACAUUUUUUGAAAGUUGUGUAAAAUUUUGAAGCACUGCCAUUUGCAUGAUAAAUUAAAAUGUUUUUUUUUCAGCAAUGGACACAUCCUGAUAUUUUCUCUUAUUUGACAAUAACUAUAAACUAUGAAAUUAUUUAAGUUGGGCAGAGCUUUAGAAAGUUAAGAUAAUUGUAUUUAAGUGAUAUUUGAUAGUUGGCAUGGAUUUUAAAAUCAAAGAGUCUGUCCUGCUUCAGGUUGAAGUUUUUGGUCAAGUCAGGUUAAAGUUUUUGGUCAAGAUAGUUUUUGCUGAAGUUGAAUUCCAAUCAACUUGAAACUUAGUACACAUGUUCCCCAUGAUAUGAUCUUUCUUAUUUUAAUGUCAAAUUAGAGUUUUGACCCCAAUUUCACGGUCCACUGAACGUAGAAAAUUAUAGUGCGAGUGGGGCAUCUGUGUACUAUGGACACAUUCUUGUUUUCUAUGUGAUAUGAUUAUGUUCUUGUUAAUUUUUUUACUCAUCUGUCCAAUCAUUAUUUACUAGUAGGAAGUGAGUAUAUUUUCAUUUGUGUAUAAAAAUUAAACUAACAAAUUUAAAAGACUGUCAAUAGCUAAAAAUAAAUUUCAGUUACCAACUUGACAAAUUUACAUAUUGUUUUCCUCAGUUGAGCUUAAUUCAAUUUAUGAACAACGUUGGUUGAGCCAGGGCAGGUAUGCAAAAUUCAAGUGGCCAGCAUUCAGGACUUAGGAACUAAAGUUAUCUCCCCUUAACAUAUUAUCUUUGGUUUCAGCUACGGCCUAUAGAUCACUUUUUUGUGCCUACAAAAUGGAAAUUAUGUCACAAAAUUCAAUGUAUAAUUAAAUAUAAGUAGAUUUUGAGUAUUUGUCAAUGAGAGAGCAGAGGUGGAUGAUGGAUCAAGCCAAUUUUAAAAGGGGGUUCCAACCAUAUGUCCCCAUUCAAAAGCAUUGAUUGUCAAAAAAAUACGGGGGGGGGGGGGGUCCGGGUUGGAACCCCCCUUGUAGACAAGUCAUGUAAAAGAUCUGUAGGUCAACAUACUUUUUUCAGCAAAACACAAACUUCUAUAAAAUUGAGAAUGGAAAUGGGGAAUGUGUCAAAGAGACAACAACCCGACCAUAGAACAGACAACAGCAGAAGGUCACCAACAGGUCUUCAAUGCAGCGAGAUAAUUGAUUUUUUUUGGCAUAUUGAUAUCAUAAAAAAGCCUCCGGGCUGCAAUGUUUUGGCGAGUUAGUGCAGUGAAAGAGUAAAAAUAGAAUUAGAUGUGUGAUGUGUUUUUUUUUUGGUAGAUGGCCCUGAUUUAUACAUUUGUAAGAAGUGUUUAUUUAAAGUAAUUUGGAAGUGGGACACAUGUAUAAUACUCAUUUAUGUAAUUUAUCAUAUUUAAGAAAACAGAAUUAAUAUUAUGAUACAAGAAAUAUAUUAUAACAAUGUCAUGAUAAUCUUUAUAGAUUUUAAUGAUCAAGACAAAUUGUAAAGAUAAAAAAAAAAAAAAUAAACUGCUCACUGACAUAGGUCACAUACAAACGUAAGAUGAAGCAAAGAUGGCUUUGUAUUUGCAAAGUUAUUAAAAAGAAUGAGUGGAUGAAGAGAAUUUUGAUGUUUUUGUAAAGCUAUGAUUGAAGAUUAUAUUUUUUUCUGUCUUUGAAUUUGGCCAUAAGUAGAUAAGUUUUUAACAUUGUUUUGUGGGCAGAAGUUCGCAGGUUGGAGGCUAGAAUAAUUUGAAUGAUGAUAUGACACCUGGUUGGUUAAUUUUCCCAUGCCAUCAUAUCUUAGUGAUCAGAAGUAAAUGAGCUUAAAAGCAAAGAUGUGAUAAGAAAUGAUGACAAUUAGACAAAAACCUUAAUCUAACCAUAAAAAUUAAAUUAAAAUCGACAUAUUAUAAGAAAGCAUGGCAGAUAAAAAAGUACAAUUUCCAUUUUCCAAUAGGUGAUAUGUUUUGUUGACAUUAUGAUGAGUUUAUAUAAAUUGGUGCAUGUCUAUGUAACCUAAGUACGAAAAGUGCUGUUUUCUAUACUAUCUUGACCAUUUUAUUAUGGUUUCUAAAGCUUGAUUAGUAAGUACUUCCUUGAGAAAACUUUAUUUUCAUGUUAAAUUUUGUAUGUUUAUAAAACUACUUUGUUUGGGGAAAAUGAUGCAGCAAUGUUUUGAAAGUACUUGCUGGGCUUGAUCAUAAGCUAGCACGGAAAGGUCUCUUUUGCAUUUUAGUGCUACCUCUAGAAAACAAUAUUUUUUUUAAAUAAAUAAAUUACGAAAUAUUGAUUGUAAUUAGUAUUAAAUGUUUCAUGAUUUUUUUUAUUUAUAUUUAUGAAGUACUUAUGCAGUGACUGAUGUUUCUCGUGUUUCACAGGCUCAUUCCUUCACAACUAUUUGAUGUGCUAUGUUAUUUAUAUUAUUGAAAAUAUGGACUGCAUUUCACAAAUGUCAAUUAACAUUAAAAGUUGUCUACAUUUUUUAAGUGUCAAUUGAAUAAUUAAAUUUAAUGAACAUUUAAAAAAUUUAAAUGACAUUUUACUUUAUAAACAUACAUUUAUGCAACCCAGUCCAAAUAUAUAUUUCAGUUUGUUACAAUACUUGUAAACUUAUAUGUUUCAUCAUUGCUGACAGGAAUGUCGAUCAGACAAAAACAAAAAAUAUCGGCCGAUAGUUCUUAUGUAACGGCUAUUUAUACUUGAACAGUGUAUUGGUAUUGUUUUCCUCAAAUAUAAGCCAUUCAUAAAGUUAAAUGAUGCCUUCUAUAAAAAAUGAAAGAUUUAAUUUUUUCAUUUGUAAAUAAUUCAUUUGCUGGUAGAUAUUUAUAGAUAAUUUUGUUAUGAAUCAAGGUAGCUUAUAAAGACUGUCAAAAUCCAUUCAUUGUGUAAUACCAUAACAUCACAGGUUUUUCUAAUAAAAUUUGUUAAUCCUUUAA